AUGAAGAAAACAGAAAUUGCGGUCUUUUUUCUCUUAUUUGUUUGCUUUUCUUCAGCUUCUCCUAUAUUUUCCUUGCAAAAAAGCCAUGACUUCCCACAGUUCCUACCUAAGAAAUUGGCAGAAACAGCUGAAUUCCAAGGAAAGUAUAAGCCAAUCCGCAUCUACUCGGAAGUUAAUUCAGGAUCUCAAGAUAAUGAUGCUUUGCUAGAGGACUUCGAGAGCUCAGCUAGUAGAGCAUCUGAAAUCUUAUCACAUUUCCUACUUGUUCAUCCUUCUAGACAGCCGAUCAAGCUUGGAGAAAAUAAUCAUUGCAAUUCCACCCAUAUCAGAAAUCCCUCAAAAUAUAAAGGCAUUGAUGCAGAUUUAGCCGUAUUUUUUACAAUGAACAACAACUUAGGCCAAAAUUCAUCAAGUUUUAGGAUUUGCAAAGUGUCAGAUGACAAUAGGAUGAUAAGUAUAGAUAUUGAAAUAGAUGCGAAAUUCUAUAAAGGGCAUGAUAAACUUUCGAAGAUAAAUUUAUUAAGUGUAGCAAUUAUUCAAGGGAUUUUCCAAAAUAGCUUUGAAGAAAAGGUCAAGAUAUUGGAAGAAUUGGAAAAAGAGCUUGAAAAGCAGAGAGAAAUCCUCGGAGCUUGUCCUGCAUCUUGCAGUACUUGUGAUAACACUGGAACAGUCUGCACCGCAUGCAAUACUGGCUACUAUUUAAGCGGAAGCGUCUGUUCAGCGUGCCAGGCUCCUUGUGCUAGUUGCCAAACCACUGCUACAACUUGUCUAUCCUGUGAUGACACUGGAGCUAUGACAUUAUCUAAUAAUGCUUGCACCUGUAAUGAUCCAAACGCUUUAUUUAAUACUCAAAGUUUACUUUGCCAAUGCAAAACAGGGUAUUAUCAAGGUACUAAUUCCUGCCAAGCUUGCCAAAAUCCUUGUUCAGCCUGCAGCGGCAGCGCAACAACAUGUACAGCAUGCGUAGCAGGUUACUAUCUCCAUGUAAGUCUAUGUCUUACCUGCCAAGCUCCAUGCUUAACCUGCUCAACUAGCUCUACAGCCUGCACAAGUUGUGAUGAUUCAAGUAAUAUGAACCUUAAUACCAACACCAAUACCUGCACUUGCAAAGAUCCAAAUGCAUCAUUCAAUACAGUAACAACUAAAUGUGCCUGCAAUUCAGGAUAUUGGGGCACUCCUGGCAGCUGCACAGCUUGUCAAUCGCCAUGCUCAAGCUGCACGACAUCAGGAACUACAUGCUCGUCAUGUGUAGCAGGAUAUUGGCUAAAUGGUAUUAAUUGCUUUCCUUGUGUGGGCCCAUGUGCAACUUGCUCUACAUCAGCUAGUGCUUGCGUGACAUGCGAUGACAGCGCUCAUAUGACUCAAAAUGGAGACGUCUGCACUUGCACUGAUCAAAAUGCAUAUUUUAAUACUCAAACUCUACUAUGUCAAUGCAAUGCAGGAUAUUUUGGAUCUCCUAAUGCUUGCACUGCUUGCUCUCCUCAGUGCUCAACUUGCACAAAUACUGCUGGAAAUUGCCAAGUAUGUUCAGAUCCAACUCAUAUGACAGCAGCUCCAGCUUGCAGCUGUCCAACAAAUGGCGUUUUGUCUGGAACAAGCUGUGUCUGCAAUAGUGGAUAUUAUUUUAGCUCAAAUACUGUUUGCGCGGCUUGUACUACACCUUGCGCUCAAUGCAGUGGAAGUGCAACUACCUGUACAGGAUGCGUUGAUGGGUACUAUUUGCAUGGAAAUGUAUGCUUAACUUGCCAGCCUCCUUGCUUUGAGUGCUCUGGAACUUCUACGUUCUGUACUACUUGCGAUGAUUCCAAUAAUAUGAUAAACAAUGCAGGGACAUGCACUUGUAAAGAUCCAAAUGCUUCUUUUAGCACCCAAUCGGCUACUUGUGCUUGUAAUACAGGAUACUGGAACAGUGCUGGAACUUGCACUGCUUGUACAGCCCCAUGCACAGCAUGCUCAACAUCAGGGACUACUUGCACUGCUUGCCCUAACGGAUAUUAUCUAAAUGGAUCUACCUGCUCCCUUUGCCAAGCUCCUUGCGCUACUUGUUCUAAUAGCGCCACUUUUUGCCUUACCUGUGACGAUUCUCAGCAUACCUCUCUAAAUGGCGGAGUGUGCAGCUGCAUAGAUCAAAACGCUUCAUUCAAUACUCAAAGUUUAGUUUGCCAAUGUAACCCAGGCUAUUUUGGAGCUCCUAAUUCUUGCACUGCCUGUGCAAGUAAUUGUGCAACUUGUACUGGAACUUCCACAGCUUGUUCAACUUGUGAAGAUACCACUCACAUGACAGCAGCUCCAGCUUGCGCCUGUCCAUUAAACUCAGCACAAGUUGACUCUGCCUGCAUUUGCAAUAACGGAUAUUAUUUCAGCACGAAUACAGUUUGCUCAAGCUGCGCUCCUCAAUGCUCAACUUGCUCUGCGCUAACUCAAUGCACUCAAUGCAGCGAUCUAAUUCACAUGGGGCCAGCUCCUACUUGCUCAUGCCCAGCUAAUGGGGCACUUCAAGGAAGUACUUGUGUUUGCAACGCUGGAUAUUUUUUUAGCACAAACACUGUUUGCUCUUCAUGCUCAAGCAAUUGUGUCACGUGUACAAGUUCUGCUGGAAAUUGCUUAACUUGUUCUGACGCCACUCAUAUGUCAGCUGCUCCAGCCUGCACCUGCCCAGCAAAUUCUUAACUUAAUUUAAUAAAGAUUAUAGAAAGCUCAGUAGGUAUUCGCCGGGCGAGCUUAUCUCCAUAACUAAUCUCUCCUAGUUUGCCAGUCUCUUUGGCCGAUUGUGUGUUGCUCCUAACAGAUGUCGCUGGAACUUCCCUUUCCUCCUUGAGCGUCAUCUUCACAGGUAACAUUAAUCUGUAGUGAACAUAUUAUUGUCCUAGUCCAGCAUUUCGUUCCAUCAAACUAAGUAAACUUUAGCCUGAUGCACCUUACAGAAACGCUAUCCUCCCUUUCACAAGAUCGUGGGGGCUCUAGCUGAAGAGCCUAAGAUGACUGAUUCGGCAUGCCAUUUUGAUGUAUUUCCUGCCAAACAAAUUCAGUUCUAACUAAUGGAGCUUGUGUGUGUCCAAAUGGUUUCUUCUAUUCAACAGCUACUUCUUGUGUUGCUUGUGCCGGUCAAUGUGCUACAUGCUCAACAACAAAUACCAAUUGUCAGACCUGUUCAGAUCCAACUCAUAUGACAGCAGCUCCAGCUUGCAGCUGUCCAACAAAUGGCGUUUUGUCUGGAACAAGCUGUGUCUGCAAUAGUGGAUAUUAUUUUAGCUCAAAUACUGUUUGCGCGGCUUGUACUACACCUUGCGCUCAAUGCAGUGGAAGUGCAACUACCUGUACAGGAUGCGUUGAUGGGUACUAUUUGCAUGGAAAUGUAUGCUUAACUUGCCAGCCUCCUUGCUUUGAGUGCUCUGGAACUUCUACGUUUUGUACUACUUGCGAUGAUUCCAAUAAUAUGAUAAACAAUGCAGGGACAUGCACUUGUAAAGAUCCAAAUGCUUCUUUUAGCACCCAAUCGGCUACUUGUGUUUGUAAUACAGGAUACUGGAACAGUGCUGGAACUUGCACUGCUUGUACAGCCCCAUGCACAGCAUGCUCAACAUCGGGGACUACUUGCACUGCCUGCCCUAACGGAUAUUAUCUAAAUGGAUCUACCUGCUCCCUUUGCCAAGCUCCUUGCGCUACUUGUUCUAAUAGCGCAACAAACUGUCUAACUUGCGAUGAUCCUACAGAUACGACUCUUAACGGCGGAGUAUGUAGCUGCACAGACCAACAUGCCUCGUUUAAUGCUCAAAAUACAGCUUGCCAAUGUAGCCCAGGUUACUUCGGGGCUGCUAAUUCUUGCACUGCCUGCACUAUUAAUUGUGCAACUUGUAGUAAUUCUGCAGCAAAUUGCCAGCUAUGCCAAGACACGAUCCAUAUGACAUCUCCUCCAGCUUGUGCAUGCCCUUCUAAUUCUGCUCAAAUUGGAUCCAGCUGUGUUUGCAAUAAUGGAUUCUUUUACAGCUCUAGCACAGUUUGCUCUGCCUGCGCCCCUCAAUGCUCAACUUGCUCUGCUCUAACUCAGUGCACUCAAUGCAGUGAUACAGUUCAUAUGUCACCAAUUCCAGCCUGUUCAUGCCCAGCCAACGGGGCACUUCAAGGGUCUACAUGCAUAUGCAAUACUGGAUAUUUCUUUAGCUCGAGCACUGUUUGUUCUUCGUGCAACAGCAACUGUGCUACAUGUAGCACGACCGCUGGGAAUUGCUUGACUUGUUCUGACGCCACUCAUAUGUCAGCUGCCCCAGUGUGUACCUGCCCAUCAAAUUCAGUUCUAACUAAUGGAGCUUGUGUGUGUCCAAAUGGUUUCUUCUAUUCAACAGCUACUUCUUGUGUUGCUUGUGCCGGUCAAUGUGCUACAUGCUCAACAACAAAUACCAAUUGUCAGACCUGUUCAGAUCCAACUCAUAUGACAGCAGCUCCAGCUUGCAGCUGUCCAACAAAUGGCGUUUUGUCUGGAACAAGCUGUGUCUGCAAUAGUGGAUAUUAUUUUAGCUCAAAUACUGUUUGCGCGGCUUGUACUACACCUUGCGCUCAAUGCAGUGGAAGUGCAACUACCUGCACAGGAUGCAUUGAUGGGUACUAUUUGCAUGGAAAUGUAUGCUUAACUUGCCAGCCUCCUUGCUUUGAGUGCUCUGGAACUUCUACGUUCUGUACUACUUGCGAUGAUUCCAAUAAUAUGAUAAACAAUGCAGGGACAUGCACUUGUAAAGAUCCAAAUGCAUCAUUUAACACCCAAUCAGCGACUUGUGUUUGUAAUACAGGAUUCUGGAACAGCGUUGGAACUUGCACUGCUUGUAUAGCCCCAUGCACAGCAUGCUCAACAUCAGGGACUACUUGCACUGCUUGCCCUAACGGAUAUUAUCUAAAUGGAUCUACCUGUUCCCUUUGCCAAGCUCCAUGUGUAAAUUGCGUUACCAGUGCAACAAAUUGUCUUACCUGCGAAGAUCCUACCCAUAUGUCAGCAGCUCCUACAUGCAGCUGUCCUUCAUAUUCUACACUUGUUGGGAAUGCCUGCACUUGCAAUUCUGGAUAUUUCUAUAGUUCAACUACUCAAUGCUCUCAAUGUGACCCUCACUGUUCGACUUGCUCUACAUCUGCAACUACUUGUGUCGCCUGCUCUGACUCCACUCACAUGACACCAGCUCCAGCUUGUGUAUGCCCAGCAAAUUCGAGCCUCUUUGUGUCUAGCUGUGUCUGCAAUCAAGGAUAUUAUUAUAGUUCUUCAACUGUCUGCUCAGCAUGCUCUACCAAUUGCUUAACUUGCAGCACCCAGCCAACUAUCUGUGAUACAUGUGUUGACUCUGUUCAUAUGACAAGUCCUCCUGGAUGCUAUUGUCCUGCAAACUCGAUUUUAUCUGGAAACUCUUGUGUAUGCAAUAAUGGCUUUUAUUUCUCCUCAAACUCUCUAUGCUCUGUUUGCUCAUCUAACUGCGCAACUUGUAAUACAGGAAACGCUUGCUUGACAUGCGUAGAUACAACCCACAUGACUGCGGCUCCAAACUGCCAGUGUCCAGCAAAUUCAUCACUACAAGGAAACGCCUGUGUCUGCAAUGCUGGGUAUUACUUCUCAGAUAAUUUAACCUGUUCGCCAUGCCAAGGAAACUGUAAAACUUGUUCAACCUCUGCCACUACUUGCACUUCAUGCACAGAUUCUGUUCAUAUGGGUGAUGCCCCUAUUUGUAACUGCCCUGGCGCAUCUACAGUGGUGCAAGGAGCAUGUGUUUGCAAUGCAGGUUAUUAUUUCAGCUCUAAUACUGUUUGCUCUGAGUGCCAAGAUCAAUGUGCAACAUGUAGUGGAUCAGCUGAUAAUUGCUUAGCAUGCGUUGAUACUACUCAUAUGACUGGUGCGCCUGCUUGUGCUUGUCCAGCCAAUUCAGCUAUAGUCCAGAACGCUUGUGUCUGCAACACAGGAUAUUUUUAUAGCUCAGUAACCCAAUGUUCUGCAUGUGCGAGCCAGUGCGCUACUUGCAGCAAUACUAACACAAAUUGCAAUACUUGUAUUGAUACAACUCACAUGACAGCUGCUCCUACUUGUGCAUGUCCAUCAAAUUCAAUACUAAUCGGAGGAACCUGCACAUGCAGCCAAGGGUACUUCUAUAGCACAGCUACAACCUGCACCCAGUGCCAGCCUCAAUGCUUGACGUGCUCAAAUUCAGCAACUAAUUGCGAUUCCUGCACAGAUACAGUUCACAUGACUGCUGCUCCUGCUUGUGCCUGCCCGACAAACUCAGCUAUUUCUAACGGAAAGUGUAUAUGUAAUACUGGCUAUUACUUUAGCUCAAACGGUGUUUGUUCACCAUGCGCUUCACAGUGUGCGACCUGCAGCAUAAGCAACACUUCGUGUUCUACCUGUGUGGACCAUGUCCAUAUGUCUAACCCUCCUACAUGUUCAUGCCCAAGCAACUCUGUCUUGACUGCUGGUAACUGUGUCUGUAAUGCAGGCUACUUCUUUAGCACAGCCACUGUUUGCACUCAGUGUGCUACUCAGUGUUCAGCCUGUAGCGGAUCUUCAACAACCUGCUCUGCUUGUGUGGAUACUGUUCAUGCAGCAGCUGCGCCUUCGUGUGCUUGCCCAGCGAACUCAUCUUUAGUCGGGAAUUCUUGUGUUUGUAAUACAGGAUAUUAUUAUAGCAGCGCUACCACGUGCUCACCUUGCCAAGUAAAUUGCGCUACAUGUGAUACCAACCCUAACACCUGUGACACUUGUAUAGAUCCCACUCAUAUGAAUGGUGCUCCUAGCUGUAGCUGCCCUCAAUACUCUACACUUACUACAGGUUCAUGCAUUUGCAAUACAGGCUAUUUCUAUAGCUCCACUACACCUACUGUAUGUUCUGCAUGUGCUUCCAACUGCCAAUCUUGCUCAAUCUCAUCCACAAAUUGCAAUGUCUGCAUAGAUACAGUUCAUAUGCCAAAAGCUCCCCAAUGUCUUUGUCCAACUCUCAGCACUCUUGUUGGAAAUAACUGUGUAUGUAAUACAGGAUAUUACUGGAGUACAAACGCUUUAUGCAGUGCAUGCAGCAUCAAUUGUGUUUCAUGCACAAAUUCAGCCACAAAUUGCGUUUCAUGUGUAGAUACAGUUCAUAUGUCAGCUGCUCCAGCAUGUGCAUGUCCUGCUAAUUCAGCUUUAGUUGGAAAUACUUGCCAAUGCAACCCUGGGUACUAUUAUUCCAGCAACUCAGUUUGCUCUCCUUGUUCUAUAGAAUGUGCUACAUGUGCUACUAAUCCUGCAGUUUGCGAUACUUGUAUUGACCCUACCCAUAUGAGCCAGGCCCCAGCUUGUCAAUGUCCUGCCGAAUCUACCCUGGUAGCUGGCUCUUGUACUUGUGCAGCAGGCUAUUAUUUCAGCUCAGCCACAGAUUGUUCUGCAUGCUCAUCACAAUGCUCUACCUGCUCUCAAUCUUCAACCAAUUGCAAUACUUGUGUAGAUACAGUUCAUAUGUCACCUACCCCAGCAUGCAACUGCCCAACUUCAUCCACUCUUGUUGGCACUACCUGUGUGUGUAAUAAUGGCUAUUUUUACAGCUCAAGUACAGUAUGUUCCCCGUGCUCUCCAAAUUGCUCAACCUGCGUGAAUACUCAAGGUAAUUGCCAAGCCUGCUCUGAUCCAACUCAUAUGACAGCUGCUCCUAACUGUGCUUGCCCACCCAAUUCGUCUUUGGUUAACGGAAACUGCGUAUGCAAUAAUGGUUACUAUUAUUCAAGCAAUACUGUCUGCUCUCCAUGCAACUCACUAUGUCAGACUUGCAAUACUUCUCCAACUGCUUGCACAGCCUGUACAGAUUCAACUCACUCAAAUGGCCCUCCAACAUGUGCUUGCCCUGCAAACUCAGUUUUUACCAAUAAUGCUUGCGUUUGCAAUACUGGCUAUUUCUAUAGUACUAAUACUGAAUGUAGCCAGUGCGCUAAUAACUGCCAAUCUUGUGUGAACUCUGCUUUAAAUUGUCAAGCAUGUGUAGACUCAGUCCAUAUGUCAGCUGCUCCCCAAUGUAUUUGUCCAGCACAAAGCACUUUAGUCAACAAUUUAUGCGUCUGUAAUACAGGUUUCUAUUACAGCUCAAACACUCAGUGUUCGCCUUGCUCUUCACAAUGUAGCACUUGCCAAACAUCGACUACCAAUUGCUUAACCUGUAUUGACAAUGUUCAUAUGUCAGCUGCUCCUCAAUGCAACUGUCCAGCUAACUCACUUCUAACAGCUGGAAACUGCGUAUGCAAUUCUGGAUACUAUUUUUCAAGCAAUACAAUUUGUUCUGCCUGUUCUUCACAAUGUUCAACCUGCGUCACUUCACAAUCAAAUUGCUUAACUUGUGUAGACACCACACAUAUGUCAGCAGCUCCUUCAUGCUCGUGCCCAACAAACAGUGCUUUAACUGGAGGCAGUUGUGUGUGCAAUACUGGAUAUUAUUAUAGCAGCAACACCGUUUGUUCCGCUUGCAAUACUCAGUGCUCCACAUGUGUAACAAGUGCAGCUAACUGUCUUACCUGCGUUGACAAUGUUCAUAUGACAGCUGCUCCUCAGUGUGCUUGUCCUCAAUACUCGACGUUAACUCAAGCAAGCUGUGUCUGUAACCAAGGCUACUAUUAUAGCUCAAAUUCUGUCUGUUCAGCCUGCAGUGCUCCAUGCUCACAAUGUGUUAAUCAAUCUACUUUCUGCACAGCUUGCUUUGAUUCAACUCACAUGACACUUUCGAACGGGCAAUGUACAUGCACAGACCCUAAUGCUACUUUUAGCACGAAUUCUAAUACUUGUGUGUGCAAUAAUGGGUUCUAUAAUAAUGGAGCAGGGAAAUGCUUGCUAUGCUCUGUUGGCUGCGCAAUCUGUUCAGCUGCUAAUAAAUGCUCUCAAUGUUAUGAUGCAAAUAAUAUGGUUAACCUCCAGACUGGAACUUGCUCAUGUAUCGAUAAUAAAGCUCAAUUCAACCCAACUGCUAACGUUUGCCAAUGUCAGCCUGGAUACUAUAAAACCUCUUCUGGUUGUCAAUCUUGCUCAUUAGGAUGCCAAACCUGUACAAGUCCCACGAAUUGCCAAACUUGCUUUGAUCAAAUCCACACCACUAUUUGGUCUGAUGGUUCCUGCCAUUGCGAUGAUUCUGAUGCUAACUUUGACGCAAGCCAACAAAAAUGUGUUUGUGAUGAUGGAUUCUGGAAUAGUGGAGGAGCAUGUAUUAGCUGUCCUUUAGUCUGCAAAACCUGCAGCAGCCAAUUUGCAUGUACGACCUGCUUUGAUCCUUCACAUACUGUAAUAAGUGCUGGUGUUUGUGUAUGCAGUGAUCCGAAUGCUCAAUUUAAUACUGCCAAUGAAAUCUGUGGCUGUAAGUCAGGCUACUAUUUGAAUGGAAACUCUUGCUCUUCUUGCGGAAAUGGCUGCAGCUCCUGUGGAGAUUCAACUUCAUGCACUAGCUGCUAUGACACCCAGAAUGCAGCUGUAGUCAAUGGAAUCUGCAAAUGCAAUGAUAAAAACGCUUCAAUUUACCCUGGAAGUACUAUGUGUUCCUGUAAUCCAGGAUAUUAUAACAGCCAGACUAAUGUCUGUACUGCAUGCGAUGCCGGCUGCUCUUCUUGCACCGACACCAAUUCAUGCAAAAUUUGUUUUGAUCAAGAAAAUUCAGCCUUGAACAAUGGCGUAUGCACAUGUAUAGAUCCAGAUAAAAUUUUCAGUACUGAAGAAGAGAUGUGUGUAUGCAAGAACGGCUACUACUUAGAGGCACAGUCAAAUACCUGCAAGGCUUGUGACGCAACCUGUGCUAUUUGUUCUGCAGCUAAUGUAUGCAUUACUUGUCAGGAUAGUGGAGCUAUGACUAAUAAUAACGAUGGAACUUGCUCUUGUACUUCAAAGAAUGACAAGUUCAGCUUGGAGACUGAUCAGUGUGAAAGCAAGUCUGGGUCAGUGAGCUUGAGCUUCAGUUGGCUUGCACUUAUAGGCUUGAUUAUGAUGAAUUGGGAUUAA